GAACCGUUCUGAGUUGAUCCAAACCCUACCUACGUUUUUCCCUAGAAUAAACUGCCCGGAUGGGCACCGAAACUCGGGUGGCUGCUCGUUAGCCACGGAGAGAGAGGAGAAUGACAGUAGCAGCAGGGCUAGGGUAUGCGCUAAUAGCCCUCGGCCCGGCGCUCUCCAUCUUCGUCUCCGUCAUCGCCAAGAAACCCUUCCUCGUCCUCACGCUUCUCUCCAGCACACUUUUUUGGCUUGUAAGCUUGAUUCUUCUUUCGGGAGCAUGGAGGGCGUUUCUUCCUAUUAAGUCAUCCGCAUUGUGGGCUUACGUGAUUGUUAUAGUCACAUCAGUUAGCUUCCAGGAAGGCGUGCGUCUUGUCUUCUGGAAAUUGUACAAGAAACUCGAAGAAAUGUUGAAUGCCUUUGCUGACCGAAAAUCUAAGCCUCGUCUCUUCCUGACUGAUAAGAUGCAGAUUGGACUCGCUGGUGGUUUAGGCCAUGGUGUGGCCCAUGCUGUCUUUUUUUGCCUUAGCCUUCUAACUCCAGCAUUCGGUGGGGCAACCUACUAUGUGGAGAGGUGCUCGCAUAUGCCAUUUUUUCUUAUUUCUGCUAUUAUUUCUCUUGCAUUUUUGCUGAUACAUACUUUUUCCAUGGUCAUUGCUUUCAACGGAUAUGCAGAAAGUCGGAAAUCUGAUCAAUUUUUUGUUCCUGUUAUUCAUAUGGUUGCUGCUAUAAUGACUCUGAUCAAUCUCGCACCUGGGGGCUGUGCAAUUGGUGUUCCUCUGCUCUGCAUCUCCGCAGCCUUGACUUUGCAGUAUUGCUGGAAGAUGGUUUGUCGAAGGCUGCGAGAUAACUCAGAUGGCAGAUAAAGUUAUAUUACCUAUCAGUCUUUUAAACCACCCAACUACCUCUACCAACAUGUUUUUGGUGAAAUCAUUUUUAUUGAAGGAAUGAAAGCUCUUAAGAGAAGUUAAAGCAAUAAUCAGUGCGGGAAGCCUAAUGUCACCUCCUCCUGGGGAUAUUUAAGCAUCAUAAUGGAAAUGGGUUGGUUCCUGGUAACAUUUUUUUUGUCGUUCUUACUUCACCAUAACUUAUUUGUUCAGUUUUCCGAUAGCUAAUCCCACAUUAAUAUAUAAGAUUCUAGUUUUUUUUUUUUUCGGUCGCAUGAAAUGAAUUUUUAUUUUUUUAUUUUUAAUAUUCCUGCUUGCUUAUUGAAGGGCCUAUGUUCAUGCUCUUCAGCUUUUCUCUUAAUUGUCAAGCUUGAAAUGUUUGCAAUAGUGGGAUACGAAGUUGUACUUUCUUGGAAAGAAAAUAUGUCUGAUGUAGUAGUAUUGAACUAUUUUUCCAUUUGGUUGGCUUGUUGCAUUUUACUCCUGUUUGGCAAUGUCAUUGAAUGAAACUUUUCAAUAGUCCAAUUCAUAAUCUACUGUCAA